AGGCAGAAAGACAAAAAAAAAAAAAGUAUGUACAAAUUUGAGGGGAAAAGAAUGGGUCACAUAGGCAAUCAGGUCAGGAGAGUAGGAUGUGAAUUGAUGGUCAUCACAUCAUGGAAAUAGUCUAACAAUCUGAUGCUUUCAUAGUUAUUGUGAAGACUGUUGAUGGAUUAUAUAUCAACUAUCCAGCAUAAAGGUAGGCUCAUAUUGGGUACAUUGCUUUUUCCUUCCUUGCUUUACUUAGUAGGUUUGACUCUAGAUGGGUCGCUUACUAUUGUUAAAUGCUUGGUGUUUACAUAAUUUCUUGGUCUGAUACAAUCUGUACGGGAAGUGAGAGGAAUGUCAGUAGCCGUAAAAGGAGAUAACUGAGGUCAAGUUUGACACUGUAACCCUAAGAAAGAGAAAUAUUUAAAAACAAAAGUUCACCACCACCCAGUUCAAAGAUGUUAAUAAUUGGACUUCCCAUGGCUCACAAGGAAGAUGUUAGUAAUAAUAAACUGAGUUACCAAUACAUUGUGUCCAUUGUCUUCUCUGUAAGAGAGUAAUGAAGUGUAUCAAUGCAUUUUUGAAGAGGUUUUCAGUAAAAAGGAGUGAGUGCUUUUCACAUUUGAAGGGAGAAACUUUGGUUAGGUAAAAAUAGCUUACACACACACAAAAACCUCAUGCACUAAAGUUUGGAUAACUGGUGUUGGAUAACUGAGGUUUUUCUGCACUUUUCUAAAAAAUGUCAGCCAAAGAGAAUAAUUUGUUUUCUUGGAGAACUGAAGAGGGGUAACCAGCCAACAGGAUUAUGAUCACUGACUCAAAGGAUUUUAAGGGAAAGAUGAACAGAAAAGGAAUGUAAAAAUUCUUUGGGAUUUUUUUUUCAUCCUUAACUAGUAUUAUGAGUUGGAAAAGGUCAUUAAUGAUUCUGGAAGCUCUACUGAUUUCUCUUUAAAAAAAACACUCCAUGAAAUAGUUAUGAAAUAUAAAGUUUAAUUAAACUGGACUCCAUGAUUUAUUCCCCAUCAUUUUUUCUUUCUACAUAAAUGUCUUCUGUAUUUUCUAGCCACAAGUUUGCUUCACAUACCAGGACUAAAGCCGAAUCAAAUUUGUUUGGUUUUCAAGACUGCCCCAGUCUUGGGACUAUUAUAAGCUGUUCAGAACUGCAUGAUGUCUAUGGAUAUGAAGCUGCCAUGGCAAAAUGAAGGACCGGCUAGUAGAACUUGUGGAGUUAACCAAGCACUAUGACCAGCAGUUCCCAGAGAAGGACGAUGACUUUGACUCACCCCACGAGGACAUCGUGUUCGAGACGGACCACAUCCUGGAAUCCUUGUACCGAGACAUCCAGGACCUUCAGGAUGAAAACCAGCAGCUGUUUACUGACGUGAAGCGGCUGGGAAAGCAGAACACCCGCUUCCUCACGUCCAUGCGGCGUCUCAGCAGCAUCAAGCGUGACACCAACUCGAUUGCCAAGGACAUCAAGGCCCGGGGUGAGAGCAUCCACCGCAAGCUGAGCGCUAUGAAGGCGCUGAGCGAGGAGGCGCAGGCAAAGCACGGUGAGCACUCGGCUGUGGCGCGCAUCGCGCAGGCGCAGUACAGCGCGCUCGCCCGCACCUUCCAGGCUGCCAUGCACGAGUACAACCAAGCCGAGAUGAAGCAGCGCGAAAACUGUAAGAUCCGCAUCCAGCGCCAGCUGGAGAUCAUGGGCAAGGACGUCUCGAGCAACCAGAUAGAGGACAUGUUCGAACAAGGCAAAUGGGACGUGUUCUCCGAGAACCUGCUGGCUGAUGUGAAGGGCGCGCGGGCGGCCCUCAACGAGAUCGAGAACCGCCACCGCGAGAUGCUGCGGCUGGAGAGCCGCAUCCGCGACCUGCAUGACCUCUUCCUGCAGAUGGCCAUGCUGGUGGAGCAGCAGGCUGACACUUUGGACGUCAUCGAGUUCAACGUGCAGAAGACCCUUGACUACACCGGCCAGGCCAAGGUACAGGUGCGCAAGGCGGUGCAGUACAAAAAGAAGAAUCCCUGCCGGACCAUCUGCUGCUUCUGCUGCCCCUGCCUGAACUAGCAGGCCGGCAACACCCGAUCCCAGACCUGAAAGGGCUAGUAAGCACCCUGGGAAAGAUGUUGAGGCCGUUUGCACUGGGAUGAGUUGCUCUAAUGCCUAUGGACCUCGCUCUUUAGAGAAAGAAAAAACUCAAGGUCCAAGAAUUCCAGCCCAGCUCGAACUUGGAAAGAGGGUACAUGUCACCCCAUUGUUUCUUCAGUAAGGACAGAUACCUCCUGAAAUUUUGUGAGAUCAUUAUAUGGCACAUAAACACCCUCGCCUCUUAACGGAAGCCAAAUGAGGAACUGACAUUGUAGUGUACUCUACGGUAAAUGUCCAAGGCACGUUUGCUCAUGAACCUCUAGGAGGAAGUCAAAUUGUGCAUCAGCCCAUUGUGUAAGGACUGGUUAUUAAAACUUCAAUUCAUUUACCCUG